AAAACCAAGCUACCGACUGCUUGUUUGUUCCCUCUCUCCUCCUCCUCCGUCAGUCUGUCGUCGAACUCCAUUGCGAGCUCACAAGGUGCGUAAAUGUCCUCGUUUGCAAAUAAAUGGUGCUUAAUUAGUUAGGCAGAAGUCAUGUGUGCUUUAGCUGCUCUUCUGGCAUGACUGCUCCUCUUCGUCUUACGCAUUUAGCUUCGAUCCUGAUUUAAUUUUGUAGGGGAUUUCUCGUUGUGUUUUUUCCUUCUUUUUUUUUUUAGCGUCUGAGCAUGAGUAGUCGCUGGUAAAUUUUCCUGUUCGUUUGGAUCUGAUCUUUGGUGAUGAAAUUGUUGAUGUGAGCCCACCUCGCUCGUCACUGUGACGAGCGCUGUCUGUCCCUCCACUGCGUCGCCCGCGGCCCGCCAGGUGCUCGUCGUAAUGCGCCAACGCCGGUGCAUGCCCAUGUGCGCCGACCAGCCCACCGUCGAUGUAUUAACGAGGCCGGAGCUCCACCACAGAACGCCGUGCCAUGGUGGUCGGUGCACCGCGAUGGCCUCAUGGCCAGACCCACCUCUUGGGCCAAAUCUUGGACCCAAUGGGAGCUAGUCUACGGCUGGAUAAUUGGCGUUGGCCUCUUACUAUUUUCUAAGUACAUAUGCACUUGUUGCGGUUGAUGCCUCUGGUCAUAAUCUUAAAUCAUGCGUACAGAACGUGCAUGUGCUGUUUGUUGAGUAUGUGGUCUUGGAGACUUGGACCCUUUUGCACAACGCCAUGAUCAGCUGUCUUGCAUGUGUUCUAUCAUCGUUUCUUCCUUCAUGCUGCAGGGUUCAGCACACCAACCACCAACCGUUGGGCUCGAGUUCUACCAACCUCCCUUUUCUAGUCGGGCUACAAAUUUUCAGCAGCACAAAUGGCAGAGGCGGUCCUCCUUGCUCUCACGAAGAUCAGUGAUGCUUUAGCAGAUGAAAUCACUAAAGAAUUGAUUGUGAAACUGUCUGAAAAGGUUAAUAAUCUGAAGGAUCUGGAUGAAAAGAUUGAGCAAAUGAGGAAGCAAUUGACAACCAUGAACAACGUUAUAUUGCAGAUGGGCAUGAUAUACCUCACCGAUGAAGUCGUCAAGGGUUGGAUUGGUGAGGUGAGGAAGGUGGCGUACCGUGUUGAGGACGUCAUGGACAAAUACUUGAAUUACUCCAUGCAAAUGGCGGAAGAAUGGUUCCUUAAAAAAUACUUCAUCAAAGGAUCACAUUAUGUUUUGGUUUUCACUCAAAUUGCUGAUGAGGUAGUCAAGAUAGAAAAGGAAAUCAAACAAGUUAUAGAACUCAAGGAUCAGUGGUUGCAUCCAUCCCAGCUUGUUUCUGACCCACUCACUGAGAUGGGAAGACAGAGGUCCCGGGACAGCUUCCCAGAACUUGUGAAAGAUGAAGAUCUUGUGGGGAUUGAAGACAGUAGGAGACUGCUGACUGAAUGGCUGUACGCUGACGAGCUGGACAGUAAGGUGAUAACAGUGUCAGGUAUGGGCGGACUGGGGAAAACCACCCUGGUCACAAAUGUGUAUGAACGUGAAAAGAUCAACUUCUCUGCUCAUGCAUGGAUGGUUGUGUCUCAAACCUACACUGUGGAUGCUCUAUUAAGGAAGCUGCUUAGGAAAGUUGGUUACACAGAACCACCACUGUCAUGUAACAUUGACAAAAUGGAUGUGCAUGAUUUGAAAGAGGAAAUAAAGCGAAUGCUUAAAGGUAAAAAAUGCUUGAUCGUACCUGAUGAUGUCUGGGACCAAGAAGCAUACUUUCAAAUACGUGAUGCAUUCCAGAAUGACCAAGGAAGUCGCGUAAUAAUCACAAUGCGGAAGAAUCAUGUGGCAGCUCUUGCUUCCUCAACAUGUCACCUUGAUCUCCAGCCAUUGAGUGACAUUCAUAGCUUUGAUCUAUUCUGCAGAAUGGCAUUUUAUAACAUUAAGGACCAUGAGUGUCCCACAGAACUCAUGAAAUUUGCCAAAUCUAUAGUUGAGCGGUGUCAGGGCCUUCCACUAGCAAUUGCGUCAAUAGGCUGCCUCUUGUCUUCAAGGUCACGGUCACAUUAUGUUUGGAAUCAAUCAUACAAUCAACUUAGAAGUGAGUUGUCAAAGAACAAUCAUGUCCGAGCAAUUUUAAAUAUGAGCUACCAUGACCUGUCAGGAGACCUAAGAAACUGCUUUUUGUACUGUAGCCUAUUCCCGGAAGACUACCCGCUCUCCCGUGAGAGCCUUGUGCGUCUGUGGAUUGCAGAAGGCUUUGUCCUGAAGAAAGAAAACAACACACCAGAGGCAGUAGCAGAGGGAAAUCUCAUGGAAUUGAUAUGCAGGAAUAUGCUUCAGGUUACAAAGUAUGAUGAGCUCGGCAGGGUGAAUACUUGUAGAAUGCAUGACAUUAUGCGAGACCUGGCCUUUUCUGCUGCUAAAGAGGAGAAGUUUGGCUCUGCAAAUGAUUUUGGCACAAUGGUAGAGAUUGAUAAGGAUGUUCGUCGUUUGUCAUCUUACCGAUGGAAAGACGGUACUGCACCCAGACUUAAUCUUCCACGCCUUCGAACUCUAGUAUCACUUGAAGCAAUUUCAUCUUCCCCAGACAUGUUGUCCUCAAUUUUGUAUGGAUCAAGCUAUCUUACUGUUCUUGAGCUUCAAGAUUCAGAAAUCACUCAAGUGCCAGCAACUAUAGGGAAUUUAUGUAACUUGCGUUAUAUUGGCUUGCGACGCACCAAGGUGAAAUCACUCCCGGGCUCUGUUGAAAAGUUAUCAAACCUCCAAACGCUAGACAUCAGGCAAACGCAUAUAGAGAGUCUACCACAAGGAAUCACUAAAAUAAAAAAGCUAAGGCACUUGUUAGCUGAUAGAUAUGCUGAUGAAAAGCACUCAGAGUUCCGGUUUUUCAUAGGAAUGCAAGCACCUAAAGAUAUGUCCAACCUUAAAGAACUACAAACUCUUGAGACCAUGGAAGCGAGCAAAGACUUGGCCAAGCAGCUGAAGGAACUAAUACAACUACAAAGUGUGUGGAUUGAUGGCAUAAGUUCUGUCGAUUGUCAAAAUAUUUUUGAUUCACUAUCAAAGAUGCCGCUUCUUUCUAGUUUGCUUCUUUCUGCAAGGGAUCAGAAUGAACGACUCUGCUUUGAGGCAUUCAAGCCCAUCUCCACUCAAUUACACAGGUUAAUUAUCAGAGGGAAAUGGGCCACUGGAACAAUGGACUGCCCAAUAUUUCGUACCCAUGGCACAUGUGUCAAAUAUUUAGCUCUAAGUUGGUGUGAUCUUGGGGAUGAUCCAUUAAGGAUGCUUGCAUUAUUGCACUUGCCAAAUCUCACACAUCUGAGACUGAGCAACAUGCAUAAUGCAAAAAAGUUGGUUCUAUAUGCAGAAAACUUUUUCCGCCUGAAGUCCCUUGUUUUGAAGGACAUGCCACAUGUCAACCAGAUAAAUAUUAUAGGUGGCUCUCUGUCAUGCAUUGAAGCUUUGUACAUCUUGGCACUGCCAAACCUGGACAAAGUCCCACUGGGCAUUGAAUCCAUUCUCUCCCUGAAGAAACUAUGGCUGCUGGGCUUGCACAUGGACUUUAGGAAGCAAUGGAACAAUAGUGGAAUGCACCAGAAGAUGCAGCAUAUUCCAGAGAUCAGAUGUACAUCAUCUACUUCUCUCUACAAUGGGGAUGAGCUCAGUCUCUCAGGAGGAUUUGGGUCAUCAAAAAUGGACCAUAACAUGUAAACAUGGUAUACUGGAGGACAAGUUAGAGGCUCCACGUGCAACUCCAAUGUAUGCCGUGCCUUCCGAGUUCUCAAAAACUGUGGAGCCAACAGAUCUAAAGCAUGAGUUUCUAAAAGAAAUUACAAACAAUUUCUCCAAGGAACAAAUACUUGGUCAAGGAGCAUUUGGAACUGUUUACCGGGUAAGGUUAAGGUCGUAGUUGUUUUUUCUACACAAUUUUAGGAAGUAAUAUGUCAUCAUUUACCACUCAAGAGUAAUAGAGACUUUGAUAAUAUAUUAUAUAAGUAAAUAAUGAUAAAAUAGCAUUUGAAUUUCAUAUUAUUCUUUAGCAUAAAAAUUCAUGUGCAAGCCCUUAUAUAAUAUACAAUAUUAGAUAAAAACUUAUAUGCAAAUGAACAUUUGCUAAUAUCCCUUAUAUAAUAUACAACCAUUAGACAUUGAUAAAGAAUAUCAUGAAAUUUAUCAAAAUUAUUUGAGAAAAUUAAAUGUAGUAGAACUCAAAUUUCACAACUUUCACAUAACCUGAUAUUUACAUUAUAUUACAAACGGAAAGUAAUUGAAGUGAUUUUAUGGUCCGAGGAGGUAAUGCAAGGUACCGCGUUUUCUAAAAUUCGAUACAUCUCGAUAUCUCCAAUACGGUGCCAAAUUUUUGAACUAAAAAAAAUUGUAUGUCUUCGUACCUCUCAAAGAACAUCAAAUUUUCCAAUAAUAAUUAAGCUUAUAUUCAAAGCUAGGGAAUUAAAAAAAUGAUAAAUAUGAACUUGAUUUUUAACAAUCCUGGUAUAAGUCUAACAUCCCAACCAGUAAAGUUAUAUCCUGGCAAUCAAAUUCGGUGUUUGAAAGAAACUUUUAUACUAUCUACUUCUAUCACUAUUGUGUACCUAUAAUCUAGACUUCAAUUAAUUUCAUAAUUGGAUACUUAAUCUUGAAUGUGCAAUAUUAUAUUUGCAGACAUGCUAUCAAUCCUCAUGAAAAAUAAAAGGUGGACUCAAUUACUGUGUUCCCUUUUUUCACGGCCGCUGUGACUAACAUGCUAAACAUAAAUAAAAUGUUGUUGCCAAAUUGCCACUACAUGAUGGAAUGCAGGGAUUAUAUUUACCCAAACUAUUACCUCUUGAGUAAGACCAACACUCUGUAUGCAUGGGAUGCCAAACAUCGUUUUCCCAACCUCUCCACAAUUUUUUUUUUUUUGAAGAAUCUACCUCUCCACAAUUUUUGGUGCCGUACUGUAUUAGAUUGAAAGUGCUCAUUACUUAUUUACUUAUAUUUCAAAAUGUGGCUAUUAGUAAAACUAGGAAGGUAGCCCGCGCAUUCGCGCGGGCAUGCGUCGUACGCUAAGUUUGAGGUAUUUAUAAAAGCGAUAUAUUAACAUAAGAACAUCUGCCACGAUUUCUCCAUAAAUUAUUUUUGUCAGAAAUUCUUUAAUAAUAUUUUAACCUAUUAGAUUUAUAUUAUAUCAAAUAUAAGUAAUAUCUACAAGCAAUUAUUUAUAAUCUUCUUCAUCAUUUAAAAAGAAAGUAGAUUUAUUUUCUUUAGAAAACAUGUCAACGAAAGUAAAAGUAAGUGUAAAAUAAAAAUUAAGUUGUUUUUCUUUUUUAAUUGUAUAAUAGAUUAUCAUAAUAUGUUAAAGGAUGAAUUGGGUGGGACAUUAAGCUACACGAAAUGCAUGGAUUUAUAUAGCCUAAUAUGAUUGAUAUAUUUUGAGAGGUGAUCUAUCUAUGAACAUUUCAUGUAGAGUGGAUAAGAGGCUCUGCCCAACCUAGUAGGAAUACAAUAACGAUGAAAUAUCAUUUCACAGUAAUAUUUUUGAAUGUCAUAGACCAUAAAUAAACACUUGUUUUUUUAUAUAAGAUAGAUCUAACGGUUAGAAAUAAUGGUUCUACUGGUUUAAAAGGCAUAGGAGCACACAUGCAUGUUAUGCAGUGAGCCAGAGAGAGGUCUUGAUAGACUUUAUUUUUUUUUUUUACCAAAAGAUAGAUAUGAUGGUAUAAAAAAUGGGUCCAUCGGUUUAAGUGGAAACCGAUGGUCGAUUAUAUGAGUGUUUUUGUAAUUAAUAAAAUGCCACAUAGCGACUUAGAAGUGUUUGUAGAAGUGCUAAGAGCAAUCAUAUGUAUGAUUUAGAUGCUAUGAUCAUUUUAAGAUCAUUUAUUUAUUUUUUAAAUUUAAAAUAUCAUUUAUUUACAAAAGCAUCAAGAUCAAUUUGUAUAGGUAAAUAGCCCCCAUGUGUAUGUUGUGAGAAAUUAAUAAAGUUUUUUAUGAAGAAAUUAAUUAAGUUGGUAGAAAGUCAUUAAAUGUCUAACAAUGUAUUUGUAAUGGGUUUAACAGUUUCAUUAAAAAAUAAGCUAGCAUAUUUUGAUUUUCAAUGACAAAUUUUAGCAUUUUCUUUUAUUUAGUGGAGCACUCAAGAUGGAUGUGGGUCUAGAAUGCAAUAAAUCCAAUAUGGAUAUUAAAAUUAUAUAUUUAUUUGAAAAAUAAAAUUAGAUAUAUAAUUUAUGGUACAAAUAAUUGCAAAUACUCAUAAAAUUAAUCUGGCCUUUAUUAAAAAGUCUAAAAUAGCACGUUUAAGAAUAAGUUAGUUAAUAUAUAUCUUUGUUAGUUUAAUGUGUUAAAUAGUGUAUUAUUUGAAAAUAAUGCUCCACAUAAUGGGUUUAGUAUACCUUUAUUUAAUGGUAGAAAUAUAGUGGUGCAAACUUUAUUUUGGAAAGAGUUAUAUUAUAAUAUAAUCAUAUAAGUUAAUUAUGAUUAUUUGAAAUUUAACUAUGUUAACUGUUAUCUGGAUUAUAUAUAUGUGAAAAGAAAAAGGAGGGAAGGAGACGGAACCGUACGUACCUACGGAUGGUGUGGUAUUGUACGUUUUAAGAUCAAUCUAGCUAAUCUGACGGUUUCUAACCGUGGACCCACUAUUUUAAGUAAAAAUCAACGGAUAGAUGCUUUUCUUUUUUCUCAGAAUUUCUUUGAUUUCUCUAAUUUAUUAGAGCGCCAAGUGGCGGCUUAGGAGCGUUUGUAGGAAGAU